AUGGUCGACAACUCGAGCCAAUCCUGGAUCCCCUCGAACACCACGACCGAGGCUGGAGACUUGUCGACACGUCAGCUCGUCAACAUGACGGUGACCGAACUCGUGGUCGUUUCGAUGCCGCCAUUGUCCGGCCACUCGAUGCCGAUGGAGACCGAAGAAGCCGAAGCCUUUCGAGUCCCCCGCCAGUUGACCAGCUGCAUCCUUCUUGGGUUGACGCUCUUCUUUUUGGGCGGCGUCUGGUGGCUCGAGGCUUGUCAGGCCUACCUGAACCGGGUAGCGCAGGACUCGAGCCAGGGCGCACGACGGCGGGGCAAGCCGACAGCGAAGGAUAAUGAGGCCGGAGAAAUGAUGGAAGACGAAGCGCUGGAGACGGUGGGAGUGGAGGCGGCGACGGCGACGGCGGCGGCGGAGGAAGAUGAGGAGGAGAAGGAGUUGAGUGGGCUACGGGACUCGGUUCUGGGGCCGGAGGAUGAGAGCCCCGAGGUGGCGGCUUGGGGCGGCAGGCUCGGGCGGCGCAUGAUGCUUGGCAAGGCGGUGGGCCUGUUGACGGCGGCGUUGGUGGGACUCGGCUUCGAGGUGAUCGAGGUGCGUUUGGGCAAG